CACACUCAAGAUGGCCCCGGCCUGAGAGUCACCUGUGCGGCCGCUCUAGCUCGGUUCCGGGUUCGUUCGCCUCAGUGGCGGCGUCGGAGGGCCACAGGCUGGCAUUCUGUCCGGUUUCCGGACCCGUCUCUAUGGUGGCGGAGGGACCAGACCCCCGAAGAUUGUGGGUGUAGUGGCCAGAGCCUCACGGGGGAGGCGAGGGUGGUUGGUGUCAACAAGGGGCGAAGAGGGGGACCGGAACCAAGACCCUCGGCCUCCCCGCCGCUCUCGGCAGGUCUGCGUGGCUUGGGGGUGCUGCAGCACGGCCUCACUGCCUGAGGGAUGGGAGCAGAGAACAGCGCUUUGAGGAGCUGUGUGCUGAAGGAACCCCCGUUCACCUUACCCUCUGGGCUGGCCGUGUACCCCGCUGUCCUGCAAGAUGGGAAAUUGGCUUCGGUUUUCGUGUAUAAGAGAGAAAACGAAGACAAGGUCAACAAAGCCGCCAAGCACUUGAAGACACUCCGUCACCCUUGCUUGCUGAGAUUUCUAUCUUGCACUGUGGAAGCAGAUGGCAUUCACCUGGUCACCGAGCGAGUGCAGCCUCUGGAAGUGGCCCUGGAAACGCUGUCCUCUGCAGAGGUCUGUGCGGGCGUCUACGACAUCCUGCUGGCUCUUAUCUUCCUGCAUGACAGAGGCCACCUGACACACAACAAUGUCUGCGUGUCAUCUGUGUUUGUGAGUGAAGAUGGGCACUGGAAGCUCGGAGGCAUGGAGACCGUCUGCAGAGUCCCUGAGGCCACCCCCGAGUUUCUGAGGAGUAUCCAGUCAGUCAGAGACCCGGCCGGCAUCCCUCCUGAAGAGAAGUCUCCAGAAUUCACAACUCUGCCGGAGCCACAUGGACACGCGCGAGACGCCUAUGCUUUCGGGACGCUGGUGGAAAGCGUGCUCACCGUCCUAAGUGCACAGGUUUCAGCGGACGUUCUCUCCAGCUUCCAGCAGACCUUGCACUCAACUUUGCUGAAUCCCAUUCCAAAGUGCCGGCCGGCGCUCAGCACCUUGCUGUCCCACGACUUCUUCAGGAAUGAUUUCCUAGAAGUUGUGAAUUUCUUGAAAAGUUUAACAUUGAAGAGUGAAGAGGAAAAGACUGAGUUCUUUAAGUUUCUGCUGGACAGAGUCAGCUGCCUGUCGGAGGAAUUAAUAGCUUCACGGUUGGUGCCUCUUCUGCUGAAUCAGUUGGUGUUUGCAGAGCCAGUGGCUGUUAAGAGUUUUCUUCCUCAUCUGCUUGGCCCCAAAACAGAUGGCUCGCGGGGAGCCAGCCCCUGCCUGCUGUCCCCAGGCCUGUUCCAGUCGCGGGUGAUCCCCGUGCUGCUCCAGCUGUUCCAGGUCCACGAGGAGCACGUGCGGAUGGUGCUGCUGUCCCACCUGGAGGCCUACGUGGGGCACUUCACGCAGGAGCAGCUGAGGACGGUCAUCUUGCCACAGGUGUUACUGGGCCUGCGUGACACCAGCAACUCCAUCGUGGCAAUCACUCUUCACAGCUUGGCCGUACUGGUGUCUCUACUUGGCCCAGAGGUGGUUGUGGGAGGACAAAGAACCAAGAUCUUCAAACGCACUGCCCCCAGUUUUGCUAAAACUAGUGACCUUUCCCCAGAAGGUGAUCAGUUUUCUCAGCUUGUGAGGUUUCCCAUGAAUGGAAUUUCAGACGUGAGCAGUACCUCAGGACACCGGGAAAACGUGCCGUCAAGCUCUAAAACGUCUGAGGAGUGGCCUGACUGGAGCGAGACUGAGGAGCCUGAAAACAGAACUGUCCCCACGCAGGGCUGGCCUCCAAAACCCCACGAAGCUGCCGGGUCCCCACUCACUGAUUUGAGUGUGGGGGAUGUUUGGGGUGACUCUGAAACACACCCAGGAGCUGGGAUCGCUGCCUCAACACCUGUCACCUCAGGGGAGGAGAAGGCCACCCCCACUUCACAUCUGCUCACAGAGACGCCCAGGCCUCUGGCAUCAAGCCAACCCCAGACCAGUCCUGCACCAAGUGUGGGUGCCCCAGACCAAACCCACACACCAAAAGUGUCACAAGAAAGGCGCCUUAAGAUUCCAACAGAACUUGGUUUGGGAGAGGAGUUCACCAUUCAGGUAAAAAGGAAGCCGGUACCGGACCCUGAGUUGGACUGGUUUGCUGAUAUGGUCCCCGAAAUUAAGCCUUCAGCUGCUGUUCUGGUUUUACCUGAACUGAGGACAGACACGCUGGUCCCCAGCAAGGAUGGUGUCUCACCAGCGAUGCUGUUUUCCUCAAAAUUUGCUGCAGCAGAAAUCACUGAGGCAGAGUCUGAAGGCUGGGGAGACGAAGGGGAGCUGGACUGGCAAGAGAACAGCUGGUGACAGCGGCUGCGACUUACACGUCAGGAAAGUCUAAUACCUCAAAGGCAGGCUCUGCGGACGAGAAGACCCACAGCACCCGGUUUUCUCGCACCAGGAGCUCGUUCCCAGUCAGCCAACGAAGCGUGCGCCUGGGGCGGGCUCAGCCCAGGCGCCCAGGAUGCUCGCGGUGGGGCUGUCGGGGGAAGCGCCCGCGUGCCUUUGACCAGGGCCAGCCUCUGGCAGGAACAAGUGGCUGUGGAAAGCCUGAGUUUACUGCUUUUUCCAGGACAAUUCUGGAAGUAAAAUAAAUACAAAAAAAUUCAAGCUGAUUAGCUUAAUUUUGUGCCAUUUCUUUAACAGUGAGAAGAGUAACCUCUGUUAUGAAAUAAAUACAACUUACUGAAAACAUUUUAGCUACAAAGUACAUAAGUGAUUUUAAACACUAAGGUUUCCUUAGGCAGCUUAUUUAUUUGUUUACAGUUGUACUGAGUGAAUGGCCCUGGAGGACCUGGGCACUUACUGACUGUUCCCCAUGUAUGACGUUGUACCAAAGUUCUUAAUGAGAAAUAUCCCCGUGAUCCUGUCCUCUAAACCCCCAAUAAAGACUAUUUUCACUAGA